AUCGAGAUAUUCACGUGAUCCGCGAUUGUAUUAGUUUUGGUGGGUUCAGCCUACUUGUAAAACACACGAAAAAGUUCAUUUAUUUAAAGAAAAAUGGGAGCGUCGGUAUUACCAAUAUUAUUUUUCACGAUACUUUGGGGAAUCGUUGGAAUCGUUUUACCCAUUUUCGUUCCAAAAAGUGCUAAUCGUGGAAUUCUUCAGGUUAUGCUGAUGUUGACAGCUUUUACAUGUUGGUUAUUCUGGUUAUGUUGCUAUCUGGCACAAAUGAACCCACUAAUUGGACCAAAAUUAUCCAAUACUACAAUUCUUAUGAUGGCUCGAGAAUGGAGUCACGUUCAAAUAGAAUAGGAGGAAGAGUGAUUGUUGAAGGAAAUAAUGUUAUAAAUAUAUUCCAAACAUCUUGAGAAAAUUGCUGUAUUAUAGCGAACAUCCAAUACUUGGGUAUUUACGUAUAUGAAAAUACAGAUGUUCAAAGAUUUAUUUUCAACUAUCAGUAUCUUGACAUAGCAAAAAUCAUUUGCUCGUCAAUUGUAUAUUUUAAUCAAAUGUAAAAUAUUACUUUGUUCUGAUACCAAAACAGGAAGAGUAUGUAUAAUUAUGAUACACUGUAACAGUGGUAACUAUAUAAUAAUAAAAAUAAAAAUAAUGAUUAGUUAAA